AUCUCCACUACUCUCGAUAUUUUAACGAGAGUCUUUGGUUGCCUUUUGUGUAAGUUCUGACGUUGGUUAUGUGACAAUAUGGUGGUAAUAUUAAAAAAAGAAAACGUCGUCAUUGCUGCUGGUCGGGUUCGGGCGAUAAACGAGCUAACGCUAAAGCUACAGGCCUAGCUGGGUACAAAGAUGAGUGCAGCUAAGCUCGACAUUUUGUUCUUCGUUUCAGCGGCAGAGGCGUUUGAAAUGCCAGAAACAACCUGGCCAACAAUCCACGUUAGCUAAUCUCAACUGGCAUACAAGGUUACGAUGUUUGCAGGUUGCGUGUAUUUUACGUGUAUAUUUUGUCAACGAUGCGGCUGACGGGGGCAUGUCCGAUUCUGUGAUGGCGACGUGGUUGUUAUGUACUUGGAGCACUGCGCUUUUGAUUAGUUGCACGUUGGUGAAACAUUUAAGUCAUUUAGCAAGUUAUUGUACAUGUUGGGGAUUUCUCUACGUGGAUGGCCAACCUGGAACAGUUAAGGCUCUGUCGUUGGUCGUGCCCCCCCCUCUCCCGUGAUGCAUGGGUGGUCAUUUCUGGUUGACAGCAACUGUCAGUUUGCAAAGAUUCUGAGAUCUCCCUGCCGUGCAUGAAGGCGACUCAUCAAGAUACCAUGUUAGUUCGUUUUCUCAUUGAUAUUGGUGGUAAAAGGUCCUGUGAUUUUCACUUUGGGUUAAUGAUCUUGAACUGAGCAGUGGCUUCAGCGUACUGCUGCAUAAGGACCAUAUGAGCGACUGGCUCAGAGUCUUACUUAUUGCUUUUAGUGGUGACAUCCGUUUCCUACCUGGUACAGCCAUUGCUGCUAUAAACUGGACGUUUUGGAAUCAUUGGGAGAAGCUGGAUCAAGGCGGCAAUGUAGUGAAGAAACCUUGAAGAAGAGCAACAUCCUGAUUUCUUUUUUUUUUUUUUUUUCCUGCUUUGGUUCAUCAGAAACACAACAGUCUAGCUCAACCUGUCCGACCAACUUGAAAGCAGGAAAUCUGAACUGGUGCUGUUGUUUGUGCUUCAGCAUGGCGGUCGUCAUCCGUUUACAGGGACUGAGAGUCACAGCGGGUUCUGAGGAUAUUCGCAGGUUCUUCACUGGCCUCAAAAUUCCUGAUGGAGGGGUGCAUAUAAUUGGUGGGGAGCGAGAAGAGGCUUUCAUUAUCUUUGCUUCAGAUGAAGAUGCAAGAAGAGCCAUGACACGGUCAGGUGGUGUCAUUAGAGGCUCACCUGUUACAUUGCUGUUAAGUAGUAAAGCAGAGAUGCAGAAUAUGCUCGAAAGAACAACAAAAAUUGUGGAGAGGGAUCAGAAAAGGCGGCUUGAAGAUGAAGUUGGACAUCCUUACAGAUCUAUGGAGCCAGAGAUGGGCAGGAGAUCAGCCAGCAGAUCGGGUGACACACCUCCACCCCUGCUCCAGAGGGCCCCAAACACAGAUGAUGUGUUUUUGUUUCUAAAAGGACUGCCUUUCUCUGUCACUGAAAAGGAAAUUUGUGAAUUUUUUGGUGGUUUAGUUGUUGAUGAAGUUGUUUUAGUAAAAAAUCGCCAAGGAUUAAACAAUGGAACAGGUUUUGUCAAAUUUGCAACAAGAGAGGAUGCAAUGGAAGGGUUGAAGAGAGAUCGGGAAUACAUUGGCUCAAGGUAUAUUGAGAUCUCCACGACAACAUUGAAUGAUUGGCAUCGGGUUACUGGUAGAAUGCCAACAGCUGUCAUAGAUGGCAGUUUCCAAAGGGGGCGAUCACCCAUUCCCAAUCAGAGGGAUCCACAGCACCGUGUAAGGUCACGAUCGCCUGUGGCUCACAGGCGCAUUGCUCCUUCAGAAGGGGAGUACUGUGUUUUGUUGGAAAAUCUGUCAUUUGCAGUGGAAAAAGAAGAUAUAAAACGGCUUUUUCAUAAUGCGAAACUUGGGGAUGACCAGAUCUUGCACUUGAUUGACUCUGACGGGAAACAAAAAAGAUCUGCACUGGUGCUGUUCAAGAGUUUGCGUGACUAUUGUGAAGCUUUAGCUCAUGAAAAAAGACAGUUUUUCAAUCGACUAGUGCAUACCCGUCCAGUUUCGAGGGAGAACAUGAUUGCCCUUCUGAAACCUCAAGGUACCACUGUCCGGCCUUCUGGAAACUCUGAAAGGUUUCAGGAGAGGCCUGCAUCUUACUCCAGUGAUCCUUAUGACUCAGAGAAGAUAUGUGUGUUUGUGCGAAACCUGCCAUUCGACGUACGAAAAGUUGAGAUCAUCGACUUCUUCCACGGGUUUAAUAUCACAGAGGACAAUGUGUGUGUGCUGCAGGACCGAGAAGGUGCUGGGGUUGGACAAGCUUUGGUGGUCUUUGGAUCUGAGGCAGAGGCUAUGAGGGCACUCAUUCUCGAUGGACGACGGUUUCUUGGGUCAAAAGUCAUACUAAAAUGCAUUACACGUUCUGAGAUGCAGGAGUUGGGUGCUGAUCCACCAGUGGUGCAAGAGCCACUGCUGAGAGGGGAGCAGUACUUGGGCAAGAGCAGCGAAGCAUCUUAUCUCACUGGUGACACUUCAUAUCCUGACUUCAGGGUUCCUCGUGAUGGGGGUAUACCAGUAACUAAUGCGCAGGACAGCAUCCAUGGAGGUAUUGAUUAUGAGCCUCGUGCAGCGCGGUCUCGUUCUCCAGAAGACCGGGGCAAUGGAGUUCGUGGCAGUUUACGCUCCCCAGUGGAGCCUUUUGACGCUCCCACCUGUGUUCAGUUACUCAAUCUACCUUUCCAAAUCAGAAGUGAAGAAAUCUACGAUUUUUGUUACGGGUAUCGUAUAAUACCUGGAUCUGUGUCACUGCAGUAUGACCAGAGUGGAAAACCUAAAGGCUCUGCUACUUUGGUAUUUGAGUCUCGUCGAGAGGCUUUAACGGCAGUUGAAGAACUAGGUGGGAGACCAAUAGGGCAGAGAAAAAUAAAGCUACUCCUUGUGUGAAAGCAAAAUUGCUUUUCAUUGCACUUAAAAUUCCAGGUGUAAUUGGAAAUGUAAACAAUGUUAAACCACUGCCUUGUGUUUUGAUUUAGGUUUGUUUUGUUUUUUUUGUAGGGGGAAAAAAGGGAGGGUGAUGGGGGCUGUUGAUAUGGAAUUACUCUAUGAUUCUAACUAUAAAGUUAGCUUGCAUGUAUUUAAUUUAGCCUUGUUUUAUCUGCUAAAAGCAAUACUCUAUUUCAAUUUUUGAUUGAACUUGUGAUAGUGUGGAAAAAAAUGUGUAUUCCAUUUCAUCUUACUGUCUUUUUGUACACUGUCAUUUUAAAAUAAAAAUUGAUGCUUUUUAAUUGUUAACAUUAAAUUAGACAAGCUUGAUCAGCAGAUCCUAUUCAGGAUACAGAUAAAUAAUGAAUAAAAAAUAUUUUGAGUUCA